AUGGGGAACAGCACAUCAUCAUCUUUGGUGAAGUUAGCAACCACUCCCAUAAAUCAGAUUCUCGAACUAACAAUUUCUGAUAAUUGAGUAGUGAUUUUCUCAAAAACAUCUUGUUCUUACUGUACAAUGGCAAAAAAAAAAAAAAAAGUUUUCCAUGACAUGAAUGUUAACUAUAACGUGGUGGAAUUGAACAUGCUUGAAUAUGGAAGUCAAUUUCAAGAUGCUCUCUACAAAAUGACUUGUGAAAGAACUGUACCAAGAAUAUUUGUCAAUGGACCUUUUAUUGGAGGUGCAACUGACACUCAUAGUCAUCAAAAAGAUGGGAAAUUGCUUCCACUAGUUCAUCAUUAUUAUUUAAAAAAGGAACUUCUCAGGUAUUGGGUAUUUGAGUUCUUUUCUCUCAAGCCGUCCAUGGAGAUUUAA